AAAAAAAACAAAAAAAAAACCAAAAAACCUCAAGGUGGGAAACUGAAUUACUUAGUGAUUUCAUAAAAAAUGUAUCAGUAGUUCACAAUGACUUCCUACAGUUCUUCAAUGCUGUUAUUUUUAUCCUAGAGGAGGGGAAGUGAAGAGGUGCAGUAAUGAGCUAUAGGUAUGAAAAGGAGCCAGGAAUGAUUUGAAGAACUUGCCUCAUCUUUGUUCCCUUAAGUAGCGUGAAUUUCUGUGGCUGACUUAGAAGCAGGAGUAGGUCUAUAGACAGAUUAUGGAGUGAUAGGGAGUGUUUACAUCUGCAGCUUCAAUUUUAAACCUAUACCAUGUUAUUAAUGCUCAUUGGUAGCCAGUAUAACUUCCUACUGUUCACAUACACACAAGUCAUCAUUACAGGCAGCCCUGCUCGCAGUGAUUUAAAUCAGGUCAGGCCCUCAGGAAAACAACAGAACAGGCUAAAAAAAAAUUGUCUGCAAGGCAGCACAGAAGUUGUGCAGAUGGGAGAAUGGUGCUGUUUGCUACUGCUCACAAAAUAAUGAUUUAUAAGGGGUCUGACAACAUUUGACAAACAGAUAGAUGACUUAAUGCUAACUGGAAAAUGUGGUUCAUGCUUUGUAAAUCAUCAUUAAGACAUUUGGGAGCCACUGGAGUGUACUGUGAUAGGCAUUACUCAAAGUUCAGACUGAAAAAAUUCUUCAGAAACCACUAACAACUUUGUAAGGGUAAUGAAAGUUUGAAAAUUAGCGUUCCUAAUACUGCUUUGGGAUGAGUAGGAAAAGAGAAGCUUUCUGUAGUGGAAGCUGAGAUUGCUCUCCUAUGGUAAGUAAAAGUUCAUCAAACUGAUGAAUUGUCUUUGUACCUGAAUUGGCAGCUUCUUCAGGCUUUGUUGGAGCAUACAUAAAAUAAAGCCUUCUGCAGUUUUAUAAGGAUGUGAAGUUGGCAUCUACACAGUGGAAUGAUACAGAAGUUAUGUAAGAGGUAGGAAAAAUCACGAUUAACAUAGAGGAGUAGGAUUGCCCCAGAUGAGUGGGACUUCCUCCAAAGGAAAUGGGAGAAGAUGCAUUUUUCUGUGUGCUCCAUAAAGAUCCUGAAGAGGGAAGAAGGCGAGGUGAAGCCUUGUGCUCUAAUCUGUAAGGGAAGCUCAAUGCAGGAGCUAUGCUUUGGGUCUGCUUUUGCCUCUUCCACGUUGCUCCCUCACUAAGAGGGAUGUCAGGCAUCUGGGCAAUCAGUGCUGCCCACUUAGAAAUAGUAGAUGAAAGUGUAGCACCUCUGGCAUCUGGGCACGAGAGACCAGUUGUUUUAGAAGAACUUGUCUGUCAGGUCUGAUAUGUACUUUGAAUAAAGGAGCCGCACAACAGCAUGUAGAAACAAGCAGACUCCCCUAAGAGAUAUAAGCUCCAGACAACGCUUGUUGCCACUUCCAACUGUACCCACAGUUGUACCUGUGCUAUGGAGCCUCUGCUUGGAGUUACGCUGGGUUUGAUUCUGAUGAUAACUUCAUCAGCACGGAGCUGUACCUGUGUGACCAAUAAGUGGACAGUAUGUGACCAGCAUGCAUCUGACAACUGCACCUGCAGGUUGGUGGGUUCAGAUCAUACAGUAGAUUGUUCAACGCUGACUUCAAAAUGCUUGCUGAUGAAGGCAGAAAUGACUGCCUUGAAGCUCUCCUACAGACCUCGGGUUAAGCUGCUGGAUGGUGGCAUUUACAAUACAGACUGUGAGGACAGUGGUAUCUUCAAAGCCAGACAGUGUGAUGAAGCUGGUACUUGCUGGUGCGUGAACACAGCUGGAAUAAGAAGAACUGGAAAAGGUGACAAAAACUUGGUAUGCAAUGAACUGAUAAGAACAAACUGGGUCGACAUUGAACUGAAGCACAAAGAAACAUCCCAUUACUUCGAAGCUCUUGAUGUAGCAGAAGCCAUGAUGCAUCUGUUUGAGAACCGGUACAAACUGCAACGCAAAUACAUCACAGCUGUGAAGUACGAUUCCCCAUUUAUCCAAAUCCACCUAAAACAAAAUAACUUGAAGCAGCAGGAUGUAGAUAUAGUUGAUGUAGCCUACUACUUGGAAAAAGAUGUAAAAGGGGACUCUGUGUUUCAUUCUGACAGUACGUUUCUUGUCUCUGUUAAUGGAAAAAAUCUGGCUAUUGAAAAUAUACACAUUUACUAUGUUGAUGAAAAGCCACCAGUGUUUAGCAUGAAGCAACUGCUUGUUGAUGUCAGUGCUGUGGUGGCAGUGGGGAUACUGCCUGCUGGUUUUGUCAUUAUUUUGGUGAUUAUUCUGUGCCAGAGGAGAAAAUACAGACAACUUAAGGUUGAAAAUAUGAGUGAAACAGAAGGACAAAUUUUAGAGUUGCUCUAAUCUGACAAAAAGAAUCGAAGUGCAACUUCAG